AUGUGUGAAAUUGUGCAUUUACAGGCCGACCAGUGUGACAACCAGAUCGGCGUAAAGUUCUGGAUCAUCAGCGAUGAGCAUGUCAUUGAUCCCACUGGGACCUACCAUGGAGACAGUGGGAAGUACGUACCACUUGCCAUCCUAGUGGAUCUGGAGACUGGAGCGAUGGAUUCCAUUAGAUCUGGGACCUUUGGACAGAUUUUUAGACCUGACAACUUUGUUUUCUGUACGUUGCACAUUAUUUUUGUUUUAUGAACUUAUAAUAGACCACAAUGCCUUUGACUACAGGCCAGAGUGGAGCUGGAAACAACUGGGCCAAGGGCCACUACACCGAGGGCGCUGAGCUGGUGGAUUCAGUCCUGGAUGCUGUGAGAAAAGAGGCUGAAAGCUGUGACUGCCAUCAGGGUUUCCAGCUGAGUGGAGGUACUGGCUGUGGCAUGGGUACCCUGCUCAUCAGCAAGAUCCGAGAGGAGUAACCCGAUCGCAUCAUGACCACCUUCAGCGUGUAAAAAACACAAUAUAAACACACUAUCUUGGACCGGAUACAUGACAGGAUAACACAGAACAGCGCUACGCCCUCUGGUGUCCUGGUGGGGAAUUGCUUUGCAACACUCCCCAGGAGACAGAGAAGUAUGAGGGCAAAAUGUCUCCGUCCGUGUGUGUCUCUCCCUGUUGGAGCUGAUGGAGAAGCAUGACUCAGGCUUUAGUGUUAGACUUUGAUGUUUGCUGGUUUUCUUGAAGUUUUGGUUCAGAGAUCCUUCCAUCUGCCCUCUCGUCACCUCAUCAUAAAACUAAGAAUUAUUCUAAUUGUGAGGACUUUGUGAAUAAAGUCACGUGGAAAGGCCUCUUUGAUGUCUCUGAGAUUUUCAUUUUCAUACCUCCACUGACCACACGUAAGUCACAGAUCAACAGUCAAAAAAUAAGGUUUUAAACAUUUAAGCAUCACAAAUAAAACACAGAGCACCUGAGCUUCAAUUAGAAAAUAAUUAUCUACAGUCAAUUAUCUGAUUUCACUAAUUAUGUAAAAUACUAUAUUUAUUCAAAGUAGCUGAGAAACCGGUUAUUCUUGGCUGGCCGAGUUAACCUCUAGUUCUACAACAGGAAUGUCAGAGAUUGCUUACGGGGACGUAAAGAUUGCUAUUAUUACUAUUUUAACUAUUGUUGCAGCAUUUAUUUGAAAAUUCCUCAAGUUGAAAAUAAAUGGACAACAACUCCAUCUAAUCGAACUCUUGACGUAAAGGAAGAAAAACAAGAUUUGUGUUUAUGCAAAAAACAACAAGAUCAAGUUGGGAAGACCAACAGUUAUACUCAUUCUCAUGAGUUUACACGUCCAGAAUUUCCUUCAGUUAAACACAACAGCUGCGAUAGAGGAAAUGUUCGUCUGAGUCUUCAG